AUGGGAUCAGUUGCCAACUUGAGCUCCACGCCCUACGGCAGACGUCUGCUGCCAACUCUCAUCGAUGAAGUCUCCAGCCAAGACCCUGAUCGAGAAUGCUUUCAGAUUCCACGGUCUUCUGAGCCGUCAGACGGAUGGCGCAUCCUCACCUGGAAGGAUAUGGCCAACGCGGUCAACCGUUGCGCCCAUAGGAUCAUCGAGCUUUGCGGCACGCCGGAGAAAGACAGCUUCCCCGUGAUCGCCUACCUUGGUCCGAACGAUGUUCGCUACAUCGUGUUGAUGAUUGCGGCUGUAAAGGCCGGUUACACGGCUAUGUUCAUCUCUCCAAGAAACUCCAAGGAGGGUCAACUCAACCUCUUUGACAAGACGAGCUGCAAUAUUUUGGCUUUUGCAAGCUCGCAUAAAGAGACUGUGAAGCCAUGGCUGGCGGAACGAGACAUGCAGGCAGUCGAAGUCAGUGACUUGGACGCCUGGUUCCCCGAGAAGGAAGUUCCCCACUUCCCGUACACAAAGACCUUCGACGAAGCAGAAUGGGACCCCUUCCUCGUCCUCCAUACAAGCGGGAGCACUGGGCUUCCCAAACCAAUCAUCGUUCGGCAGGGCAUGUGGAACGUCAACGAUGGCUUCCACAAUUUGCCACUGUGGCAGGGCAAGAAGGUUGCCAUGCCGGGCCUCCUGUGCGUUGUCGGCAUGUCUAUGUUCUGGGACACCCCUGUCUGCCUGGGCAUCGCUGAACGACCUUUAUCAUCGGACCUGGUGGUGGAGUGUCUGGAAAAAUUGGAUGUUCAAUCUACACUACUCCCGCCAGCCCUCAUUGAAGACUUGAGCCAGUCAGAGGAGGGUCUGAAAUCACUGACGAAGCUCAAUGUUGUCGCAUUUGGCGGAGGAAACCUCGCUCGCGAGGCAGGGAACCGACUUGUCAAGCAGGGUACGGCGCUCAUGAACCUGAUCGGAGCCACCGAGUUUGCUCCUUUCCCGACAUACGCAAGGGGCGACCCAGCCCUGUGGCAGUACUUCAUAUACAACCCCGAGGCGAUGGGAUGCGAAUUCCGGAAGCAGGGCGACGAAGAAGUAUACGAGAUGGUUGUCGUGCGACAGAAGCAAAACCAGCAUCCUCACCCCGGUCUUCAGGGAAUUUUCUACACAUUCCCUGAGCUUAAUGAAUGGAGCACGCGCGAUCUUUACCGCCCUCAUCCGACCAAACCACACCACUGGAUCUACCAUGGGCGUGCGGACAAUAUCAUUGUUUUCAGCAACGGCGAGAAGUUGAACCCGGUGACGAUAGAGGAGAUUGUCAGCGAUCACAACAGUCUCAAGGGUGCCAUGGUGGUCGGAUCGGAAAAGUUUCAGGCAGGUCUUAUUGUGGAGCCUCGCGUCCAUCCCAAGACAAAAGAGGAGGAGAAAGCGCUGUUGGACAGCGUGUGGCCUUUGGUUGAGAAAGCUAACGAAGAGACGGUCACUCAUGGACGCAUCAGCCGCGACUUGAUAACUCUGUCCAACCCGGAAAAGCCGUUCUUGCGUGCGGGCAAGGGAACCAUCCAACGAGCCGUGACUGUCAAGCUGUACAAGGAUGAGAUUAACAAAUUGUACGAGAACUUCGGCACAGAUGAACACGCAAAAGAUGUCGUCGAGCUUGACCUUGAAUCUGAAGAGACAUUGGCUCGCUCGAUUGUCGAGACACUCCGCAAAUACAUUGGAGCGGAAAGAUUGGAAGAGGACGUUGACUUCUUCGCAGCGGGUGUUGACUCGAUGGGUGUCAUGAGAGCAUCGAAGCUUUUCCGAGCUGGCCUGAAAGACGCCGGCCGCGAGGUCAACGACAAGGCCGUCGCGCCGAAAGUCAUCUACCAGAAUGCUACACCACGACGACUUGCUGCCUACAUCCUGGGUAACGUACUUAAUGGCCAAGGUCAGGCGCUGAGCGAGGACGAGCAGCAACAGCAAGCCAUGCGGGCGAUCUGGAAGAAAUACACACAGAAUCUUAUCAAGGCCCAGCCCAACCGCCCUGACCCUUCCAAUGAGAGCCAGACAGUCAUUCUCACAGGCUCCACCGGCAUGUUGGGCUCCUACCUCCUCGACUUUAUGGCCCGCAACUCCCGGAUCGCCAAGAUCAUCUGCCUCAACCGCGCCGGAGACGGCGGACGCGCCCAGCAAUCCAGGGCAUUCGCAGACCGCGGCCUGGACACAAGCACCCUCGCCACCAAAGCCGAGUUCCAUCAUGCCGACCUGUCCAAGCCCAAGCUGGGGCUUCCCGAAGAGGUGUAUGCGCGCCUCCAGGCCGAAACCGACCGAGUGAUCCACAACGCGUGGCCCGUCAACUUCAACAUCCCAAUCGAGUCCUUCGAGCCCUCCCUCGCAGGAGUGCGGAACAUCGCCGACCUCGCAGCAACAGCAGCCCGCCGCUUAGCGGUAACCUUCAUCAGCUCCAUCGCCGUCGCGGACCGGUGGGAUGCCGCCACGCACGGCGCAGCAAAGGUGCCGGAGCAGCGCCUGGAGGACCUCGCGCUCCCCAACGGCGGCUACGGGCGCAGCAAGGCGGUCGGUAGCCUGAUCAUCGAGGACGCGGCGGCAAAGGGCGCGGGCGACUUCCCGCACGCCAUCGUGCGCGUUGGCCAGGUCGCUGGGCCCGAGGCUGAGGCAGGUGUCUGGAACCGCCAGGAGUGGCUACCCAGCAUCAUCGCUAGCAGCCUGUACCUUGGCGCAUUGCCGGCGAACCUGGGUGCGAUGAACAGGGUCGACUGGACGCCUGCCGAACGGAUCGCCAAGCUUGUGCUCGAGGCGACUGGUGUGUCCCGGGUUGUGGAGAAGGCCGAUGAGAUCAGUGGGUAUUAUCAUGGUGUGAACCCGCAUGAGUCGGAUUGGAAGGACCUGGCUGCUGCGGUGCAGGACUUCUAUGGCAAGGAGAGGAUCCGUGAGCUGAUCAGCUUUGGGGAAUGGGUUGACAGGCUGGAGAAGACGCAGGCGGAUGGUUCAGAGAGCGUUGCUCGUAACCCUGGCGUCAAGCUUGUUGAUUCGUAUCGCGACAUGGCUCAAGCGCCCGGGUCUGUGGUUUAUGACAUGGAGAAGACGCUGGAGAGGUGCCUGGUCGUGAGGGAGACGAGCGCUAUUACGCCAGAUAUGAUGAAGCACUGGUGCAGACAGUGGGGUUUCUAA